AUGCUGUGUUGUCCACAAGUGUUUAAUGACGUAACUGAAGAAAUAUGUGCAGAAAAAAACGUAUCUUUAUCCAAGGAAAUUGUGUUCGUUAAAGCCUUGCACAAUCCUAUUAACAAAGUUUCUAGCGACACAUCCUUAUCUGCGGUUACUAAAUCAUUGGUUAAAACUCUUAAGGAUCAAAUCACCGAACGAUUUAAACAUAUAGACUCUAUAGAGGAUAAUGAGUUAAUAACUCAGUGUACUUUGCUGGACCCCAGGAUAAAAAAACUGGGAUUCUCUACACCAAAGAAAAUGGAGGCCUGUUGUAAAGAUGAAGAGGCAUUAACGACAAAUUUGAACACUGCAGCUGUUUCAUUGGCGUACAGUUCGUUACUUUGGGGAAAUUUUGAUGAGAAAUUUAAUACAUUUCAGUCAGUUUCAAAUCCCACGGCUGCUGGAAUUAUAGAGUUCGAAACAUAUAUAUUGGAAACAAAGAAAAGCGGUGUGUCCGCGUCUAUAUAA